UCAGAAGUAGCCUACCGCCCACACACAUCACAGGAUUAAUGAGGACUACUGUUGACUGCUACUUCGCUGCAGGCUACAUUGAGACAGCGCCGCCCAUCACGCGCUUUGGAGGGGUCUUAAAGAGCUAGUCCGAAUUACUGUUCGGCAGAGAGCGUAUGGCGAAGAGUGUUUUUCCCAGAGUUUGUAUCGAAAAAAAAGUGUCUGUCCGACGGAGUUUGUGUGAUUGUGUGAAGAUGUCUAAGGUCCAAAUGCUGAGAGAGUCGGUGAAGCAGCGACUAACCGCGGCUGCUGAAGAGAUAUUUGGGCUGUUUGAAACAACGAUAGCAGAGUACGAGGAGGAACGGUGUCGGUCAAAAGAGGAGAACGAGCGACAACGGGAACUUCUGGACGCUGUUUUCACCCCUAAGCUUCGGUUACACAGGACAGAUGUCCAGCAGCUGUCGGUGAGGGAAGAAGAGGUUCCCCCUGAGCAGUGGGAGUGGAGCCCCAGUCUGGACCAGCAGCACCCAGAGCCCCCGCACAUUAAAGAGGAACAGGAGGAACUCUGGAUCAGUCAGGAGAGAGAGCAGCUUCAAGAGCUGGAGGAGGCCGAUAUCACCACGUUACCAUUCACUCCUGUCCCUGUGAAGAGUGAAGAUGAUGAAGAGAAACCUCAGCCCUCACAGCUUCAUCAAAGACAGUACUGUGGAGGACCAGAACCAGCCAAGAACUCAGAUCCAGAUAUAGAUUUACAUAUAAAUAUUGAAGACCAGACUGGAGACUCUUCUGAACCUGAGACUGAUGACAGUAAUGAAUGGAAAGAGACCAGAGAAGCUCGGCCAGGUUUAAACUCUUUGGAAAAGAAAGCUGUUCCUGCCUGUGAUUCGAGAUGCAGUAAGCCUGCUUGUCAGAAACCAUUUAGCUGCUCUGAGUGUGGGAAAAGAUUUGGCCGCAAGUCCCAUCUGAAGGGUCACAUGAUGAUCCACACAGGAGAGAAACCUUUCAGCUGCUCAGUUUGUGGUAAAAGAUUUGGUCGCAAGACACAUCUGAAGGGUCACAUGCACGCUCAUACAGGACAUAAACCUUUCAGCUGCUCAGUUUGUAAGAAAUAUUUUGCACGGAAUGAUUAUUUGCAGUCACACAUGACAACCCACACAGGAGAGAAAAGAUUCAGCUGCUCAGUUUGUAAGAAAUCUUUUGCACAGAGUAGUAGUUUAAAGAGCCACAUGAGACGCCACACAGGAGAGAGACCUUUCAGCUGCAGGGUUUGUGACCAAAGAUUCACUUGGCUUUAUCAGCUCAGAAACCAUCAGCAUGUCUGUUGUCAGUCCUCACAGCUUCAUCAAAGACAAACUGAACAGAUGGAAACAGAAGCUGAUGACAAGACUGGAGACUCUUCUGAACCUGAGACUGUUAGACAUUCUUUGAGCUGUGACAUUGAGAUGCAGUCAGAGGCCCGUGUAGAGAUUUGGCUUACUGUGACAGGUACAUUCCUGGGCUCUAGGCUUGGGACCGUGUCCACUUCUGCUCUGUAUUUUCUACUGCACAAGAGGCGUGAUCAACGCUCUGGUUCAAAUGACUCCGUACGCAAUUGGAUAGUCCUUCAACCAAUCAGACCAACGAUCCGGGUGACGUACUUUGCAGAGCGACGCGAAAACUCCAGGCAGGAAACAUGUCAACAAACUUUGGUUUGUAGCGUUGAUCAGCGGUUUGCAGAGGCAGCAAUGGCAUCGAGCGAUUUUUGCAGGUUGUGCAAAACAAACAUGAGAGUGAGUGGUAUGUACAGCCACUCGAGCGAUUUGUUUGCUAAACUAAAGAAGCCAUUGAGCAUCGUCGAGAGGUUAAAGGGAAUUGGAUUGGCGGUCGUGCGAGAGACGGGUAAAUCAGAUAGAGUGUGCAAUCGGUGUGUAACAAUCAUAUCGCACUUGGAACACGACCUGCCCCAUUACAGGAGAUGGGAAGAAGAGAACGGGGGAGCGACUUCUUCAUCCACCGGUAGCACUUGCGCUGAUGAGAGAGAACGGGAGCCUACUCCCACUAAAACUCCGGGGGAUGUAAACAAAGUGUGCCCUAACCCUUUGAGUCCUGGUGGAGCCACUAGGCCUGCUUCACGGAGGAGCAGAACAGAGGUCAUCAUUAAUUAUCCGUCUCGAAAGGUUUCCAAGGUUUGUGAACCAGAAGAUGGUCUGAUAAUUAACCACAUCAAUAAAAAGAAUUGGAAAGGAGCUGCCAAGAGAAUCGUGGCACACAAGGAGCUUUUGGAACACUUAAAACCAUGCAUCCUUCAGCUGAUUCAGCGUGAAUGCACACUACUCUGCAGCCCAAAGGAGGGGUUCAUGCUUUGGAGGUCCUCCCCUGGGGACCUGGCCUGUUUCUCAUUUUCUGCAUUAGAGGCAGAUCUCCAUCGCCUCUCUCCAUUCUUGCUGUCUGUGUUCAACACGGUUACCAACCACUCCCGCCUCACCACCUGUGCUGCAGCUGCCAUCGCCAUCAGAGGCAGACAGUCCCAUUUGUCUGCAUUUUCCCACUAUUUGAAUAUCAUCCUUUCAUAUGGUGGGUCAAAGAAGGCGGUGUUUAACAGGCUGUCCAAAAUGUCAAUCACCACCUCUCACAAAUGUGCAAUAGGAAAACAAAAAGAAUUAGCAAACACGUGUGCGACUCGUCAACUCCAGUUAAAGCAGCAAAAUGAACGCUUCCUGCACAUUGGAACAGAAGCGGGCGUUACUCAGACUCAACCUGAGGACACAACUGAUACUGAGAUGGCACCAAACAUCUUCAGCAGCCUGGAAGACCUUCAGUUCUCAGAUGUCCAGCAGCUGUCGGUGAGGGAAGAAGAGGUUCCCCCUGAGCAGCAGGAGUGGAGCCCCAGUCUGGACCAGCAGCACCCAGAGCCCCCACACAUUAAAGAGGAACAGGAGGAACUCUGGAUCAGUCAGGAGAGAGAGCAGCUUCAAGGGCUGGAGGAGGCUGAUAUCACCAAGUUCCCAUUCACUCCUGUCCCUGUGAAGAGUGAAGAUGAUGAAGAGAAACCUCAGCUCUCACAGCUUCAUCAAAGACAAACUGAACAGAUGGAAACAGAAACUGAUGGAGAGGACUGUGGAGGACCAGAACCAGCCAAGAACUCAGAUCCAGAUAGACAUCCAGAACCAAAAACUGAUGACAAGACUGGAGACUCUUCUGAACCUGAGACUGAUGACAGUAAUGAGUGGAAAGAGACCAGAGAAGCUCGGCCAGGUUUAAACUCUUUGGAAAAGAAAGCUGUUCCUGCCUGUGAUUCGAGAUGCAGUAAGCCUGCUUGUCAGAAACCAUUUAGCUGCUCUGAGUGUGGGAGAAGAUUUGGCUGCAAGUCCCAUCUGAAGGGUCACAUGAUGAUCCACACAGGAGAGAGACCUUUCAGCUGCUCAGUUUGUAAUUCAUCUUUUGCACAGAGUUGGGGUUUAAAGAGCCACAUGUUAACCCACACAGGAGGGAAUAGAUUUAGCUGCUCAGUUUGUAAGAAAUCUUUUGGAUAUAGAGCUACUUUACAGCAACACAUGAGACGCCACACAGGAGAGAAAAGAUUCAGCUGCAGUGUUUGUGACCAAAGAUUCACUUGGCUUUAUCAGCUCAGAAACCAUCAUCGUGUCCGUUGUUGCGAGUGAAUUGAGAACGGGAGCCCUGUUAACUGCGUACCCUUCUCACUCAUGGUAGUAACUUCAUAACAACAAUUAAUAACUCACAACUAACUGUCUUUAACAGGAUAAUUCACCAUAACACAUAGGUGAUGGUGCUGUGGAUGUGACAUGUGCCUUUGGUGCGGGAGAUCCUGGCUCGAUUCCCACUGCGAUACAUCAACCAAUGUGUCUGUUGGGCAAGACAUUUAACCCCUAGUUCCUCCAGAGGUGUGCAACCUCUGAUAUGUAGCAACUGUAAGUCGCUUUGGAUAAAAGUGUCAGCUAAAUGACAUGUAAUGUAAUC